CUAAUUUUCUUGCCUAAUUCUCUUCCCUUUCUCCUGUUAUUUACUUUUUGUUUUUCAUAAAAGAAGUUGCUAUAACUUGUCAUAUAUCACUAAAUUAUUAACGCUAUCAUAUAGUUGAAAAUUUAUAUAUGUUGUAGUUGUAGUAUAUUAAUAAAAAACUCCUAAGCUAUGAUGGUGAAUAAAACUGUGAAUGUUAAGUUGGCAAAGAAAGUGAGAAAGUGGGGAAAGGAAGAUAUUAGCAGAUUCAUACAUGGGUCCUCUUGAUGAUCAGCUCUUGCUUCUGGAAGAUGCACUUCUACAGGAAGAGAACAGUGACUUAAUCACUGGAGAUGGCUCACUUGAUUUUCAAGGGAGGCCUGUCCUGAAGAGCAAGACUGGAAAUUGGAGAGCCUGCCUAUUCAUUCUUGGUAAUGAGAUCUGUGAACGUCUUGCCUUCUAUGGCGUUAAUACAAACCUGGUUAGUUAUCUCACCAGAAAAUUACACGAAGGCAAUGUCUCCGCUGCAAGAUUGGUCUCUAUCUGGUCAGGCACAUGUUACUUAACACCUCUCAUUGGAGCUUUCUUGGCUGAUGCAUAUUGGGGAAAGUAUUGGACGAUUGCUGUGUUCUCCAUGAUUCAUUUCCUCGGGAUGUCUACUUUGACUCUAUCUGCAUCAGUUCCGGUGUUUAGACCUGCUGAAUGUGAGGGUUCCAUUUGCCCUUCAGCUACUCCAUCACAGUAUGCAAUACUAUUCGCAGGGCUUUAUCUUGUUUCACUAGGGAUGGGAGGGAUUAAGCCAUGUAUAUCCUCUUUUGGUGCUGAUCAGUUUGACGAUACUGACCCUUAUGAGAAGAUAGAGAAAGGAUCAUUUUUCAACUGGUUUUAUUUUUCCAUCAGCAUUGGUUGCCUUCUAGCAAGUACUCUUAUUGUCUGGAUACAAGAAAAUGUUGGAUGGGGUAUAGGGUUCGGAAUUCCUGCCUUAUUUAUGGUCGUCUCUAUCAUAUUUUUCUUUUGCGGAACUCCUCUCUACAGGUUUCAAAGACCUGGAGGAAGUCCAUUAACAAGAAUAUUCCAGGUUGUAGUUGCAUCGUUAGUGAAGUUCAACUUGGAGGUUCCAGAAGACAGUAGCCUUCUUUAUGAGACUUCAGAUACACAUUCAGCAAUUGAAGGAAGUCGAAAGCUGGAGCACACUGAAGAAAUGAAGUUCCUGGAUAAAGCAGCUGUUUUAUCUACUGCUGACGUGAAAAGUGAGGAUUUCUCCAACUGUUGGAGAUUGUGUACAGUAACACAGGUCGAAGAACUUAAGAUGUUGAUCCGUAUGGUCCCUAUUUGGGCAACUGCAAUCGUCUUUUCAUCAGUUUACGAACAAAUGUCGACUACUUUCAUUGAGCAGGGAAUGGUCAUGGACAGAACAGUAGGACCCUUGUUGAUCCCAGCAGCUUCUUUAUCAACAUUCAGUAUUAUCAGCAUUAUCUUUUGGGUCCCGUUCUAUGAUAAGAUUCUUGUACCUAUAGCUAAGAAGUUUACAGGCAAAGAAAAGGGGUUCUCUGAGCUUCAGAGAAUGGGCAUCGGCCAAGUCAUAUCCAUUAUCUGCAUGCUAGCUGCCGGGAUGGUGGAGAUCAGGCGGUUACAGCUUGCAGCAGAACCGGGUUUAGCCCCACCCCUCAGCAUCUUCUGGCAAAUCCCUCAAUACUUCUUGAUGGGGGCAUCAGAGAUAUUUUUUUACAUUGGGAAGAUGGAGUUCUUCUAUGAUCAAUCACCCGAUGCCAUGCGAAGUUUAUGUACUGCAUUCUCGCUCUUAACGUCUUCAUUGGGAAGUUACUUAAACUCUCUGGUUUUGACAAUUGUGACAGCCAUUACAACUGCUGGAGGGAAACCUGGGUGGAUACCUGAUAAUCUAGACAAGGGUCAGCUUUAUAACUAUUUCUUUCUCUGGGCUGGUCUCAGCUUCUUGAACCUGUUGGUAUACAUUCUCUGUGCCAUGAAGUAUAAAAAGAAGAUGGCUUCAUAAAAAAUUCUGCACAAAUGGAAUAUGAAGCAGAGUAAUAUUCACUUCUAUUGCAAGUACAUCAAGUUGUGUGAAUCUUCAUCAUUUGUGUAUACCUUGUUGAGUUAUAACUUUUGCUAACCAUUAAGAAAAGGAAAGGAAAAGGUUGAAUUAUCCCUGUAAAGUUGCAAACUUUUGAUUGUAUAUCAAACUUGAUGAAAUAUAACUAAUUUGUGUUUACAAGGCAA